CCUCUGGGUCAGCGCCCUCGGCGGUCGGCUCUCUGGAGGCCGGGAGAAGCGAGCGGGUGAACUCUCGGCAUCCCGGAUCCGGACUCGCCUGGCCCGGAGCGGAGUCGGCGUAGGCCCUGACCCAAAGCUGGUGUGUGAAAAAAAAAACCAACUCGCGAACUGGACUAGGAAAUCCCGGAACCCGGAUUGACCAACGCUUCCGGAACCCGGAAUUAAGAUCGGAAAGUCCCGGAUCGCGGAGCAGCGCUGCGCGCGGAACGGACUCGACCCGGGAGAGCCCGAACGCUGCAGCGCGGGCACGGGACGGAGCGAUGUCCGGCCGUGGCGCGGGCGGGUUCCCGCUGCCCCCGCUCAGUCCCGGCGGUGGAGGCGCCGUGGCCGCGGCCCUCGGUGCACCGCCUCCUCCGGCCGGACCCGGAAUGCUGCCUAACCCGGCGCUCAGGGGCCCGGGGCCUGCUGGAGGCAUGGGGGGUCCCGGGGCCGCCGCCUUCCGUCCCAUGGGCCCCGCGGGCCCCGCGGCGCAGUACCAGCGACCUGGCAUGUCACCAGGAGGUCGAAUGCCCAUGGCUGGCAUGCAAGUGGGACCUCCAGCCGGCUCCCCAUUUGGCACAGCUGCCCCACUUCGACCUGGCAUGCCACCUACCAUGAUGGAUCCAUUCCGAAAACGCCUGCUUGUACCCCAGGCCCAGCCCCCAAUGCCUGCCCAGCGCCGAGGGUUAAAGAGGAGGAAGAUGGCAGAUAAAGUUCUACCUCAACGAAUUCGGGAGCUUGUCCCAGAGUCUCAGGCAUACAUGGAUCUCUUAGCUUUUGAGCGGAAGCUGGACCAGACCAUUGCACGCAAACGGAUGGAGAUUCAGGAGGCCAUCAAAAAGCCUCUGACGCAAAAACGAAAGCUUCGUAUCUACAUAUCCAAUACAUUCAGUCCCAGCAAGGCAGAUGGUGAUAGUGCGGGAACUGCGGGGACCCCUGGGGGAACCCCUGCAGGUGACAAGGUGGCUUCCUGGGAACUCAGAGUGGAAGGAAAACUGCUGGAUGAUCCUAGCAAACAGAAGAGGAAAUUUUCUUCAUUCUUUAAGAGCCUCGUAAUUGAGCUGGACAAAGAACUGUAUGGUCCUGACAACCACUUAGUGGAGUGGCAUAGGAUGCCCACCACCCAGGAAACAGAUGGCUUUCAGGUGAAACGGCCUGGAGACCUCAAUGUCAAGUGCACUCUCCUGCUCAUGCUGGAUCAUCAGCCUCCUCAGUAUAAACUGGACCCUCGACUGGCAAGGCUUCUGGGAGUGCACACGCAGACAAGGGCUGCCAUCAUGCAGGCCCUGUGGCUAUACAUCAAGCACAACCAGCUGCAGGACGGGCAUGAGCGAGAGUACAUCAAUUGCAACCGCUACUUCCGCCAGAUCUUCAGUUGUGGUCGACUCCGUUUUUCUGAAAUUCCCAUGAAGCUGGCUGGAUUGCUGCAGCAUCCAGACCCCAUUGUUAUCAACCAUGUCAUUAGUGUGGAUCCUAACGACCAGAAGAAGACAGCCUGUUAUGACAUUGACGUGGAGGUGGAUGACCCACUGAAGGCCCAGAUGAGUAAUUUUCUGGCCUCUACCACCAACCAGCAGGAGAUUGCCUCUCUUGAUGUCAAAAUCCAUGAGACCAUAGAGUCCAUCAACCAGCUGAAAACCCAGAGGGAUUUCAUGCUCAGCUUUAGCACUGAUCCCCAGGACUUCAUCCAGGAAUGGCUCCGUUCCCAGCGUCGUGACCUCAAGAUCAUCACCGAUGUGAUUGGAAAUCCUGAGGAGGAGAGACGAGCUGCUUUCUACCACCAGCCCUGGGCCCAGGAAGCAGUUGGGAGGCAUAUCUUUGCCAAGGUACAGCAGCGAAGGCAGGAACUGGAACAGGUGCUGGGAAUUCGUCUGACCUAACUGCUCAGGGAUCUCUUCCUUCCUUCCUAGCCCUGGAACCUGAUGGGAGACCAUCUUCUGAGUCCUGGCUGGGGCUCCAGACUUGUAGGAUGGGGUGAGGUGUGUCUCCUGUCACCCUCUACUCCCCAGCUUAGUUUCAUAAAUGUAGUAUUAGGAUUCCUCAUUGCUUGGUCCCCAAAGCCUUAUUACUUUUUUGCAUUGGCUUUAAUUGGGUUCUCAAGAUGUGGCCUCAGCCCCCUGCAGGCAGGCCCAGGUAGGACUGCUGGAGGCUGUGCUUUUAACAUUUUAACAGAUAUUUCUGAACCAAAGGCUGCUGGGUUUGCAUGUUUACAAGCUCCACUCCCGCCAGUGUCAGAGCUGGCUCUGGGGAGCUGGGCAAGGAAGUGGAGGCCCAGCCCAGACUCUUCCUAGCCUUUCUCAACCAAAGUUCUUUGCCAUUCCCACAAGCCCAGCCUUGCUGCUGGUUUCUCCUUUCCUUUGGGUAUUUGCACUAUUUGGGGAGCAGGUUUUUCUAUGUGGGAGCCACUUUUUUUUGUACAGGGGGAUGGUAACUGGGGUUUUUCAGGGAGCCCUGUUUGGUGCCUCCUUCUUUCUUUCCUCAAUCUAUGCAAGCGGCUGUAGCCGCCAUCAUCUCCUGGGAUGCCAUGGGGCUGCCAGCCCUCAGCUGCUUGGGCAGGGGAGGUGGAGUCUCCCAGGAGGGGACGUACCAGUUCUUUAGCCUAGCUGAGGUAGAGGUGUGUGCAUGGUGGAGGGCAGGGUUAGGUGAGGGGGAGGCUGGGAGGACUGUCCCUACCUUUUAAAAUUUGGUAAAGGAGUGGACCUAAGGCAAAUGCCACUCUGGCAAGUUUGGAAAUUUCCAAAUAAAUACUUUUGUUUA